GACAAUACAAAAAUAGUAGCGGCGAAACACACAGUUCAUCCGUUUUAAAUCGUCUUUAACAGACAGCUCUGUCGAUCAAUGGGCUGCUCCAAAAGGCCAUUGUUUUGAUAUCUCAGCCAAUGGGACUGAAUGGGAUUUCUAAGUAGGCGGGCGACAACAUCCCGGUGCCAAGUGGUGCCGUAUGUGAGCUCCGGCAACAGAUGGCGGCGGUGGGGGAGUACACCCAGCAUAGAUCAGACAGGGUGGAGGCGCUAAUGGGGGUCCGGACCAGCAACUAGACUGGGUUACCUAAUGAAGAACUGGAACACGGCCUAGUCAAUCUGACCUCAUUGAGAAUUUCUUGCCCACAGUCUUGGAGUUUUUCUUUUUUUCCACCAUAAUUUCCCACAGAAGGCCGCAGAAACCUCGGACUAGAUUUGGCUACACGCCGACACAGAGUGGCGUGACGUCUGCGGGAUUGUUCGGAAAAUCUCGUGAAAUGUUUUUCCCCAGAAUUUAGCGGUUUUGAAUACUCUUUAUUUUUGAAAGUACAUUGUGUUCUCUCGACAUCCGUUAUUUACGUAGAGUAGAAAUAAAGUUGAGGACACAAGCUAACUUGUUAGCCCGCUGUAAUGCUAGUUAGCUUCCUAGCAGCAAAACUUUUAGCAUGUCGGAAGAAUGAAUUGUCGACUCUCCGUUUAACGAACAGCUGUCGAUUUGUAGCUACAUGAGAGAGGACGCUCGUUUCCAACGACAGGGUGAGCCUGCGUGGCUAACUCCUCUUUGGCUACAACCUACACAACGUAACGUCACCCUCAAAUGGACAGGAAUGCGAUGCCGGGGAGUCGGCGGACAUCGGCGAUCUAGCAGGCACAGAUAGUAUCGAGCCAAUACAGUCAAAAAAGCCCGGUGAUGUUCAUGAAGCCGGGGGGAGCUCAUUUUAGCUAGCUACAACCCUUUACGCGACUCGGCCGCAAAAGCGUGAAGCUGCCCGCUCCGGGAUGGGGAACACCGUGUCGUGCUGCGGCUCUCCCGAGUCGAGCCCACAACUACCGUCGAGGCAACCCACGGAGCGGCUGGAGGAGCUCCAGACCAGCACCGAAGUGAGCGACGACAACACCGUGCCCUACCUGCAGCACAUCAGCGACAGGGAGGUCCCAGACGAGCUGGCCUCGGAGUCCAACCCCUCUGACCACGCCCGGGCAGGCACCAUCUUCCUUAGCAAGUCCCAGACAGACGUUCAAGACAAGAGGAAAAGCAACCACAUCAAUCAUAUCAGCCAUGUAUCGCCCGGUCCCCUGUCGAAGAAAUACAGCUCCUGCUCCACGAUCUUCAUAGACGACAACACCGUCAGCCAGCCAAACCUCAAAAGCACAAUCAAAUGUGUGACGUUAGCAAUAUACUACCACAUCAAAAACAGGGACUCAGGCAGGUCGCUGGACAUCUUUGAUGAGAAGUUGCACCCCUUAUCGAGAGAGCCGGUGCCAGAGGACUACGCCGACGUCGACCCAGAACACAAACUGAUCUACCGCUUCGUCCGAACGCUCUUCAGCGCCGCGCAGCUCACUGCAGAGUGUGCCAUCGUCACUCUCGUGUACUUGGAGCGCCUGCUGACGUACGCCGAGCUGGAUAUCUGCCCCGCCAACUGGAAGCGCAUCGUCUUGGGGGCCAUCUUGUUGGCUUCCAAAGUCUGGGAUGACCAGGCUGUGUGGAACGUCGACUACUGCCAGAUCCUGAAAGACAUCACCGUGGAGGACAUGAACGAGAUGGAGCGCCAAUUCCUGGAACUGCUCCAGUUUAAUAUCAACGUGCCAGCCAGUGUCUAUGCCAAGUACUACUUUGAUCUGCGGCAGCUGGCUGAUGACAACAACCUCAACUUCCCCCUGGAGCCUCUCAACAACCAACGCGCCCAGAAACUUGAGGCCAUUUCAAGACUAUGCGAAGACAAGUACAAGGACCUGAGUCGGGCAUCGAUGAGGCGAUCCAUCAGCGCCGACAACCUGAUAGGUAUACGGCGCUCCAACGCCGUGCUGUCAUAGGUCAGAGCGCCGCCCCCAAAGCCCAGCUCACCCCAUAGCCAGGAACCCCGGAGACGCGUCGCCAACUCGCGGGGUUCCACGCAGCAGCAUUCAGACUUGAACCGCCACUGUGUGACCCGGCCAGGCGGUAAUCAGUGUCACGGCCGUACAGCGGCGCCAUCGGAAACUCCGCCACACAACAAUAAUUUUUUUCUUCUACAAAUACCUUAUUUAUUUCUUACUAGUCCCUUAUUUCCUGGAGCGAGUGUCCGGCAGGAGUUGCUCUACUGCAGUCAUCUACGAAAAAUGUAAUCCCCACAAAUUUUUUUUUUUAAUUAUCCCGUUCAGCCUGGCGUUAUUCCAUAUUGUAGUUGUUGUCAACAACUCCCACGAGACUACCAAAAUCAACCGUGUUAGACUGUACUUUCUGACUUUGGCAUCAUUGGUUUUUACUGAACACAGAUAAUUCACUUGGCUCAUCUGUCUGAUUAUUGAACGCUCAGUAGUUUCCUGUAGUUUCUCAUCAAACAGGUCUAGAGUGCUACCUGCAAGUUACGACGACCUCCAGGUGGUUCGGGUUUGGGGGAAAGAGAGUAACCUUUUUCUUUAUAUGAAUGUCUAAUCAAGUGCUGAUGGUAAAUGUAGCGGGCGAGUUCUGUUGAAGACAAACUCCCAAAUUGUCAGUGAAGAAAAUAUCCUUCCACCUAAACAGAAAAACCAAACCACCUCACAACUUCUGGAUUCUUUUUAGACUAAUACACAUGUGGUGCUUCUAGUGAGGAUCAGCUCUAAAUAAACAGUUUACCGUCUACUACUACUACUACUACUACUAUUACUACUACUGCUACUACUACUACUACGACUCCUUAUACUACUACUGCUACUACUACAAUGCAUUCAGUAGUGACAAAGGCCUCGAGUACACAGACGAUUCACUUCAAUGUUGGUUUUGGUCUCUUUUUGUGGGAUUUGUUGGCCAUUAGAAAAUAUAGAAAUCAAAUCGAAUGCAAACACUCCUCCUCGUUAAUUGGAGUUACUUUUAUGAGUGUAAAAAAAGUCAAACAAGAAGAACACGUGUUUACCGUUAAUUCCAGUGUUGUUGGAUUCUGAUGCAGUAAAUGAUGGACGACCUUGGAUUUGGAUGGAGCACACGGCAUGUCGGGCCCUUGAAUUCAUAUUCCACGGGAGUUGUCAAACCCAUCUGGGGUCAGUUUCACUCUCCAGAUGCCCCUUCUAGUGGUCCAAAAUAGAUUCACAGAUUCUGGAUCAGUAUUGCUUCGGAGCGGCUCGCUAUAGCAGUUGAGUGACAGGAAGUAGGUGGGGUCCACCCUCAGUAUUGUGCCCCUCAAACUCUUGCCACCCCGACCCUCAAAGAGCCCGUCGUCCGUUUACCGACCCUGUGCUUGUCCCCCCGACCAGAGCUUUCGAAACAUACUCCAUGGAUACCGAGGGGGGUAAGAGAGGCCGGCGGAUACUCCCCUCCUCUUUGCUUACUAUGUAGGCUACUUAGCUGUGAAUCUGUCUUGUUUUUAA